AAAAGAAAAAGUUUUGAGAAAUUCAGACUCAAAAGUUUGAGAUAGAAAAGGAAGAAAGAGAGAGUUGUCAGCUUGGCGUCGGCGUUUGCUUCUCUGUCAUUCUCUUUUUUUUUUUUUUUUGCUUUUGUUCUUUUGCUUCGCCUUGAAUCGAAAUCCAAAAUACUCAAAAUCCUUCCAGAGAAAAAGAAAAAGAAAAAACCCCAUCCAUUCUCAUCUGUUUCUUUGUUGUUCUUUCGCUUCUUCCUCUAAUUCAUCCAGCCCAUAACCAUCUACAGGCUUAUGCCCCUCCUCUUGGUUACUUAUUACAUCCAGAUAACAAUACUGAGGAUUAUCAAUAUCGAAGGAAGAAAGUGAGGAUGCGCAAGUGGCUUUGUUGUUUUUGUCAAGUUGAAGAGACUAAUCAAUCAACUGAAAAUGAACACCUGAAAAACCCCAGUAAUUUCGGAGAUGGUCACCUAAGGGACUCAAAAGUGCCAGCUCUUGUAAAAGCUGAGGCACAGAAGGCAGCACUACCAAUUGAAGUGCCUACGCUCUCCCUGGAAGAACUGAAAGAAAAAACUGAUAAUUUCGGGUCCAAAGCGUUGAUUGGAGAAGGUUCUUAUGGUAGAGUUUAUUAUGCAACCUUGAAUAAUGGGAAAAAUGUGGCUGUAAAGAAGCUUGAUGUUUCUUCUGAGCCUGACAGUAACGUUGAGUUUUUGACUCAGGUUUCUACAGUAUCAAGAUUGAAACAUGAAAAUCUUGUUGAAUUGCUUGGGUAUUGUGUUGAAGGAAAUCUUCGUGUCUUGGCUUACGAAUAUGCAACCAUGGGAUCUUUGCAUGAUGUCUUACAUGGAAGGAAGGGAGUACAAGGAGCACAACCUGGUCCAGUGCUUGAUUGGAUGCAGCGGGUGAGAAUUGCAGUUGAUUCAGCCAAAGGGCUGGAGUACUUGCAUGAAAAGGUCCAACCUGCAAUUAUACACCGAGAUAUCAGGUCCAGCAAUGUGCUACUCUUCGAGGAUUUUAAAGCUAAGGUAGCUGAUUUUAACCUCUCCAACCAAGCCCCUGAUAUGGCCGCCCGUCUUCAUUCAACUCGAGUUUUGGGAACUUUCGGUUACCAUGCUCCAGAAUACGCAAUGACUGGACAGUUGACUCAAAAGAGUGAUGUAUAUAGCUUUGGUGUAGUUCUACUUGAGCUUUUGACUGGUAGGAAACCUGUCGAUCACACGAUGCCUCGCGGACAGCAAAGUUUAGUCACCUGGGCUACUCCAAGGCUAAGCGAGGACAAAGUAAAACAAUGUGUAGAUCCGAGACUUAAGGGAGAAUACCCUCCUAAAGGAGUUGCAAAGCUAGCAGCUGUGGCCGCAUUGUGCGUGCAGUAUGAAGCUGAGUUCCGACCAAAUAUGAGCAUCGUUGUGAAGGCCCUCCAACCUCUAUUGAAGCCCCCCGCACCUACAGGUCCCCCUGCACCAGAGUCUUGACGGCAAUGUGUACAUGGUUUCAUCACCCCUCCGAGUUUGAAUUCUUGCAAAUGCGUCAAAUAGUUUCUCUCUAAUAUGCAGCAACGAUAUUUGGUUGGUUAACUAUAUGCAUAUCCCUUUUAUUUCAUUGUAUAAAUGGUGAGUUUGGAUGCGGUAGCAUUGCGGUAUGGGGUUCCGAGUGUCUGGAUGUGUGAAGAAGUAUCUGUUUCUGAAUAAUAAUGAUGGAGUUUUCCCCCCAUUGACAUUUUAUUCUGCCUUCUCAAAACUGCAGAGUGCAGAUUUACCUGAGGCUAAUUAAGUCUUUUUAUUCUCUUA